AUAAAGAAAGGGACCAGCCAGGGUGUAAUAAACAUAGGGUCUGGGCUUUUUAUGCAUAGGACUAGAUUUGGUCCGGGCCUUUGACAUAUGUUUUCAUGAAAUUCUGUUGUCAAACUUUGUCAAAUUGAGUUCAAAUCCGAAAUAAUAUCAACAAGUUUAAUUUCUGUACGUUAAGUCAGUCGUACCUGUCAAGACGGGAGUUUCCGGAUUAAAAGCAUGGAAAAGGACAGAAAAACAGGAUGGAGUUUAGCCACGUGGAAAUCAAAAUGGAAAGAAGGACAACCAAUCUGGCACAGGAACGUUGUUCACCAGCUACUGCUGAAAAAUUUAGGUCGGCUUUUGGCUGGAAAGAAAAACGCUAAGAUCUUUUUUCCUCUUUGUGGGAAAAGUUUGGACAUGAAAUGGCUUGCUGACCAGGGACAUACUGUUGUUGGUGUGGAGGCAUCAGAGAUCGCUGUCCAGUCUUUUUUCACAGAAAACGAUAUACAAUAUACUGUCACAGACAUCCCUGUUAUUGAUGGAAAACUUUACCAGGACCCAGACAACAAAAUACGAAUCUAUGUGGGAGAUUUCUUCAACUUCAGCAAAGAAAUAGAUGGAGAUUUUGAUGGAAUUUGGGAUAGAGGGUCACUGGGGUCUAUUGCAAUAGAAGAUCGUGAGCGAUAUAUCAAACUCAUAGUAUCACUUAUGAGUGCAGAAUGUCAGUAUAUGGCUGAGGUGUUUUAUUAUGAAGGCGGGAGCACGGAACCACCACCCCAUUCCAUUCAUCCAGACACCAUAUCCAAGUUGUUUGAAAACACUUGCAAUGUAAAUAUAAUUGAGUGCGUUGAUCUUAUGCAGCCAAAUCCCAUCUGGAUAUCCGCUUUUGCUUCCAAAGUAGACGUAUUGUUUCUCAACCUGUUUCUUUUUACAAAGACAAAAUAG